UCCCCGGCGUGGCCUUCAGGCGGCGCGGCAGCCGCCCGGGAGGGUCCUCGCGCCUCCACGUCUCCCGGAAGCGCCGCGGGGGCCGCCGGGGCGGGCAGGUCGGGACGCGGGGUCUCGGCCGGGGCUGCGGGGGCGGCGCCUCGGUCCCAGGUCAGCCGCCGCCAUGUCCUGGCUCGCCGACCUCGCGGGGAAGGCGGAAGACCUCUUGAACCGCGUGGACCAGGGGGCCGCGACGGCCCUCAGCAAGAAGGAGACCCCCGGCCACGGCGGCCACGGCGGAGGCCCGAGCGACCCCGCGGCCGAGGGGGUCGGGCAUCAGGCGCCCCUGCCGGCCCCCCGGGUCCCCCCCCAGACCCCCCAGGCCCCCGAGGGCGCCGGCGGCCCCAGGCCCUCCUCCCAGUUCGUGCGGAGGAAGAGGUCGGAGCCUGACGACGAGCUGCUGUUCGACUUUCUGAACAGCCCGCAGAAGGAGCCGGCGGGCAGGGCGGGAGCCAGGAAGGAGAGGAGCAAGGCCCCCGCGCUGCACCGCGCCCACCCGGCCGAGCCCCACACCACCGCCGCCGCCGGCGUCCGUGCCCCCGGAGGGGGUCCUGGGAGCCGAGGCCUCGAAGCCUCUGGCUCAGACUCUGGGCACGAAAGCCGACAGCCCUCCUCCCAGGAAGGCGAGCCCCCCGACGGCCCCCGCCCCGAGCACGGCGCCGCGACACCCAGUGACGACGGCAGGUCACACGAACUGUCCAACCUCCGGCUGGAGAACCAGCUGCUGAGGAGCGAGAUCCAGUCCUUGAAUCAGGAGGUGGCGUCUGUGCUGCAGAGAGCCCGGGAGACGCAGGAAGAGCUCGACAGAGCGAGGGCAAGCGCGGAGAAGCGGGACGUGGACCGCUCCCAGAGGGACCUGCUGGCGCGGGAGCUGCAAGCCCAGGUGGACGACCUCACGGAAGCCGUGGCCGCCAAGGACUCCCAGCUGGCCGUGCUCCGGGUCAGGCUGCAGGAGGCCGACCAGCUACUGGAGGCCCGCACGGAGGCUCUCCAGGCCUCACAGAGCGAAAAGUCGCGAAUAAUGCGGAGUGACAGUGAAGGCAGCAGCCUGCAGGACCUAGCUCUGCAGACCCUGCAGGAGAGACUCCACGAAGCGGACGCCUCUCUACAGAGAGGGCAGGAGAGCUACAAGCAGAUGCAGAGUGAGUUUGCUGCGCGCCUCAGCAAGAUGGAAGCGGAGCGGCAGAGUCUGGCGGAGGCCGUGGCUCUGGCAGAGAGAAAGUGCUCGGAGGAGAAGAGGAGGGUUGAGGGCCUUCAGCAGCAAGUCAAAGCGCUCAGGUCCAGCUUGGACUCCUCCAGGCAGGAGCUGACUGACUACAAGCAGAAGGCCACGAGAAUACUCCAGUCUAAAGAGAAGCUGAUCAGUAGCCUGAAGGAAGGGUCCGGCUUGGAGGGCUUCGACAGCAGCGUGGCCACCAGCGUGGAGCUGGAGGAACUGCGGCAUGAGAGGGAGAUGCAGAGGGAGGAGAUGCAGAGGCUGACGGGGCAGGUGCACCAGCUGAGGGCGGAGCUGCAGGAUGUGGAGUCUCAGCAGGCGAGUGAGGCAGAAUCAGCGAGAGAAGAGCUGCGGUUUCUGCAGGACCAAGUGGCUGCACAGAAGGCGUCUAGGCAGGAGCUCGAGGCCGAGCUGGAGCGGCAGAAACAGGAAUCCCACUACCUGGAAGAGGACCUGCACCGGACGAAGAGCACUCUGCAGAGCAGAGUCAGAGACCGCGAGGCAGAGAUACAGAAGCUCCGGACCCAGCUCACCAACAAGGCGCUGAGCAGCAGCAGCCAGGGCGAGCUGGAGCGGCGCCUCCACCAGCUCACGGAGACGCUCAUCCAGAAGCAGACCGUGCUGGAGAGCCUGAGCACCGAGAAGAGCGCGCUGGCCUUCCAGCUGGAGCGCCUGGAGCGGCAGCUGAGCUCGGCCAGCAGCGGCGGCGAAGGGUCUGCUGUGAUCGUGCCCGGCCUCGGCCUGGACGCCGGCGAGGGGGCACGUCUGCGCAGCGUUCCUGUUCUCUUCAGUGACGCGGAAACGAGUCUGGCGGGGAUGUAUGGCAGGGUCCGAAAGGCCGCGAGCUCCAUCGACCAGUUCAGCAUCCGUCUGGGAAUCUUUCUCCGAAGAUACCCCGUGGUGCGGGUGUUUGUGGUCCUCUACAUGGCGUUGCUGCACCUCUGGGUCGUGGCCGUCCUGCUGACGUACUCGCCGGAAGUGCACCAGGACCAGCCGCGGGGCCGAUGAGCUGGGCUGACAGACAGACAGACAGACUUCACCGCGGUGAGCGCGGCUCUCCCUCAGGCUGUGUGAGGCGCUCUGCUCCCCGCCUUGGCUCCCUGCUCCUCUGAGCGUCCGGUUCCGUGGGGCUCUGCACACGCGCACACGCGCUGGGGCGCUCGGUAACACGUUUGGGCUGUCAUCGGAGGCUAAUUGGACUUAGUGAAAUAAGUAAAUAAAAGGUCUUCUUUUUGAUAA